CCAUGCCCCGCCACCACGCGGGAGGAGAGGAGGGCGGCGCCGCCGGGCUCUGGGUGAAGAGCGGCGCGGCGGCGGCGGCGGCGGCGGGCGGGGGGCGCCUGGGCAGCGGCAUGAAGGAUGUGGAGUCGGGCCGGGGCAGGGUGCUGCUGAACUCAGCCGCCGCCAGGGGCGACGGCCUGCUGCUGCUGGGCACCCGCGCGGCCGCGCUCGGCGGCGGCGGCGGCGGCAGCGGCGGCGGCCUGAGGGAGAGCCGCCGGGGCAAGCAGGGGGCCCGGAUGAGCCUACUGGGGAAGCCGCUCUCGUACACCAGUAGCCAGAGCUGCCGGCGCAACGUGAAGUACCGGCGGGUGCAGAACUAUCUGUACAACGUGCUGGAGAGACCCCGCGGCUGGGCGUUCAUCUACCACGCGUUCGUUUUUCUCCUUGUCUUUGGUUGCUUGAUUUUGUCAGUGUUUUCCACCAUCCCUGAGCACACAAAAUUGGCCUCAAGUUGCCUCUUGAUUCUGGAGUUCGUGAUGAUUGUCGUCUUUGGUUUGGAGUUCAUCAUUCGAAUCUGGUCUGCAGGUUGCUGUUGUCGGUAUAGAGGAUGGCAAGGAAGACUGAGAUUUGCCCGAAAGCCCUUCUGUGUUAUAGAUACCAUUGUUCUUAUCGCUUCGAUAGCAGUUGUUUCUGCAAAAACUCAGGGUAAUAUUUUCGCCACGUCCGCACUCAGAAGUCUCCGUUUCCUACAGAUCCUCCGUAUGGUGCGCAUGGACCGAAGGGGAGGCACUUGGAAAUUACUAGGUUCGGUGGUUUAUGCUCACAGCAAGGAAUUAAUCACGGCUUGGUACAUAGGAUUUUUGGUUCUUAUUUUUUCAUCUUUCCUUGUCUAUCUUGUGGAAAAGGAUGCCAAUAAAGAGUUUUCUACAUAUGCAGAUGCUCUCUGGUGGGGCACAAUUACAUUGACAACGAUUGGCUAUGGAGACAAAACUCCCCUAACUUGGCUGGGAAGAUUGCUUUCUGCAGGCUUUGCACUCCUUGGCAUUUCUUUCUUUGCACUUCCUGCCGGCAUUCUUGGCUCGGGUUUUGCAUUAAAAGUACAAGAACAGCACCGCCAGAAACACUUUGAGAAAAGAAGGAACCCAGCCGCCAACCUCAUUCAGUGCGUUUGGCGUAGUUAUGCAGCUGAUGAGAAAUCUGUUUCCAUUGCAACCUGGAAGCCACACUUGAAGGCCUUGCACACCUGCAGCCCCACCAAUCAGAAGCUAAGUUUUAAGGAGCGAGUACGCAUGGCUAGCCCAAGGGGCCAGAGUAUUAAGAGCAGACAAGCCUCAGUAGGUGACAGGAGGUCCCCGAGCACCGACAUCACAGCCGAGGGCAGCCCCACCAAAGUGCAGAAAAGCUGGAGCUUCAACGACCGAACCCGCUUCCGGCCCUCGCUGCGCCUCAAAAGUUCUCAGCCUAAACCAGUGAUAGACGCUGACACAGCACUUGGCACUGAUGAUGUAUAUGAUGAAAAGGGCUGCCAGUGUGACGUAUCAGUAGAAGACCUCACCCCACCGCUUAAAACGGUCAUUCGAGCUAUCAGGAUUAUGAAAUUUCAUGUUGCAAAACGGAAGUUUAAGGAAACAUUACGCCCAUAUGAUGUAAAAGAUGUCAUUGAACAAUAUUCUGCUGGUCAUCUAGACAUGUUGUGUAGAAUUAAAAGUCUCCAAACACGUGUCGACCAAAUUCUUGGAAAAGGGCAAAUCACAUCAGAUAAAAAGAGCCGAGAGAAAAUAACAGCAGAACAUGAGACCACUGAUGAUCUCAGUAUGCUCGGCCGUGUGGUCAAGGUUGAAAAACAGGUGCAGUCCAUCGAGUCCAAGCUGGACUGCCUACUAGAUAUAUAUCAACAGGUCCUCCGGAAAGGCUCUGCCUCUGCCCUCACUUUGGCCUCAUUCCAGAUCCCACCUUUUGAAUGUGAACAGACAUCUGACUAUCAAAGCCCUGUGGAUAGCAAAGACCUGUCCAGUUCCGCACAGAACAGUGGCUGCUUAUCCAGAUCAGCUAGUGCCAACAUCUCUCGAGGCCUGCAGUUCAUUCUGACGCCAAAUGAGUUCAGCGCUCAGACUUUCUAUGCGCUUAGCCCUACUAUGCACAGUCAAGCAACACAGGUGCCAAUGAGUCAAAGUGAUGGCUCUGCAGUGGCAGCCGCCAACAACAUUGCAAACCAAAUAAAUGUGGCACCCAAGCCAGCAGCCCCAACAACUUUACAGAUCCCGCCUCCUCUCCCAGCCAUCAAGCAUCUACCCAGGCCAGAAACCCUGCACCCAAACCCCGCAGGCUUACAGGAAAGCAUUUCUGAUGUCACCACCUGCCUUGUUGCCUCCAAGGAAAAUGUUCAGGUUGCACAGUCAAAUCUGACCAAGGACCGUUCUCUAAGGAAAAGCUUUGAUAUGGGAGGAGAAACUCUGUUAUCUGUCCACCCCGUGGUGCCCAAGGACUUGGGCAAAUCCCUGUCAGUGCAAAACCUGAUCAGGUCAACGGAGGAACUGAAUAUACAGCUUUCUGGAAGUGAGUCAAGUGGCUCCAGAGGCAGCCAGGAUUUUUACCCCAAAUGGAGGGAAUCCAAAUUGUUUAUAACUGAUGAAGAGGUGGGUCCUGAAGAGACUGAGACAGACACGUUUGACGCUGUGCCGCAGCCUGCCAGGGAAACUGCUUUUGCGUCAGACUCUCUAAGGACUGGAAGGUCACGAUCAUCUCAGAGCAUUUGUAAGGCAGGAGAAAGUACAGAAGCCCUCAGCUUGCCUCAUGUCAAACUGAAAUAAGUUCUUCAUUUUCCUUCUAGCAUAGCAGUUCCUUUAGCCAGACAUAUCAUUGCAUGAACUAUUUCGAAAGCCCUUCUAAAAAGUUGAAAUUGCAAGAAUCAGGAAGAACACGAAAGAAAGUUUAUAAGCCCGUUAUCUUUUAAUUGCAUGAAAAUGCAUGUUAGGGAUGGCUGAAAUUCCAAGGUACAUCAACAUUAACCCACUCAUUUAGUAAUGUACCUUGAGUUAAAAAUCCUGAGAAACCAAACACUGCUAAUGCUUUGGGGUGUGUGACAAUGUCAAGAUUAGGUCAUUUAGAAGAUUUGACUCUGUGUUUUGAAAUUAUGGGAGUAAACAACUUCAAAUUUCAGGCGUUUCUGCUUUGUGAUUAAAUACAAAAUACAUUUUCAAAAUUAGGCCAUAAUGUAUAUGUAAACACAAUGGCUACCAUCAACCGCUGCUAACAAGGUAUCAAGGAAAGCAGAACUUGGGAAUAAUAAUAGAAACGGCUGCUUAUUUCAAGAUAUAUUUACCAACCCAUUCCUAUCCAGUCAUUUUAUUAUUAAUGUAAUUUGAAUGUCAAUCUGUGUGCUUUUGGUGAUUUAACGCUGUGGCAAGCAAUUUUGCACAUCAUUUUCAUGUUGUUCUUUAGGACGAGAAUGUUCUUCAGUUAGAAAGUGUGCAAAUAAUGAAAUUCAGGGCCAGUGGGGCAAAUAGACUAUUUGAUACAUGUGAGUUCAUGGGAAGGUAUUCCUCGAUGGCUAAAUCGCCUUUAUAAGUGGUCGACUUCUACACAAGCGAAUACAAUACGGAUGAGUAGAAGGACCAGUGCGGCUGGGCUGAUCUCUCUGCAAUGGCGCCACCCCCGGCUUGCUGUAGUGUCAGAAACCAUUCCCGCCGAAUUGACAGGCAGGAUCCUGGGGAAUUAGACAUUGGAGUGAGACUGAAACGGCAAAGGCCUGAAAAGAAUCCAGACACAACACCAGGAAGUGGGUGAAGUUAAUGAAAAUAGCCUCACCCUCAGAGGGUAAAGAGAGGGAGAAAAACAAACCAAAAUAGAAGAACUUGAUCUUUUUAGAAAAUGAAUAUUACUAGGGAAUCUCAACUACCUAAACAUCCCUUCGUCUUAUAUAUAAACAGAGAAUUUUGCAAGGUAUUUAUUUUUUAAUACGCCCUGAAUGUUUUUUGCUAUUAUGUAAUACAUUUUGCAUAUGGAAGGCUAUAACUAAACUUCCUUUACUUUUUAUACUGUAGCAAACAUUUUCUAUUCUCCCCCAAGAAUGUUGCCCCAAAUCUAUAAUUAUUGGUUCCGUUUCUGGUAUACACAUUUACAGUUAGAAGCCAGGUACUCCUGGCUGGGUCUGCAAAUCAAAACACUUAAUCAUAUAGCCGCAGCAGCAAGGACCCAAGGGAAACAAAGUGAAAGAUGCAUUUACCAGAAAAGCAAGCCACGCUGACUGCUUGUUGGAAACCUCUCUAGCUGUCUCAGAACUUCAGCCAAGGUAAUGGCAUUAAAAAAAGCAAGGAGAAGCCAGAGAGCACUUCAGUUCAGUUAAACUCCAGCCACAGAAGGACUUAUGAAAGGAAGAGUUUUUUUUCCUUGGCAGAUAAUGCUCCUCCAAAAAACUUUCAUCAGCCAGGAAGACAAAGCAGGGAUAGCAACUGGCUGUCCAAAGGCAGGAGGAGGCCCUGAAAUCCACCAGUCCUUCCCAACUGUCUCCCCCAACUGGCUUUCUCCACCCCUGACUCUCCUACUCUUCCUCUCCAAUAACUUAUCAAUUCCCUGCCACUCUUUUGCUCCUGAACUUCACCAGGCCUUACCCAGUCUCCAUCCCCAAGUAAGCGACUUCUCUGCUCUUCCUCAAAUAGGCUUCUCAACCUUUUAAAACCCUUGCCCCUUUUGAUAAGCACUGAAAUUUUAAAAGCUUUUUCUUCUCAACCCACCUGGAUUCUAGCAUCCUCCCCUGGAGUGUAUCAUUCAGAAUCUUCUUGGCUGCUGGAGACAUACAGAAGUUAGGGUCUCAAUUCUACACUCCAGUUAAAAAAGAUUUUAUCAAGCUUUUAAAGCAAUUAUUUUCAUUUUUGAAGCACAGAAUUUUAGUAAAUUAUUAAAUGAAGUUUUUCACCUACUAUGUCUCUCCUCAACCUGAAGUUGCAACACACUCUCCCAAAGAGGUUGGACACACACGCGCGCGUGCACACACACACACACACACACCAUUCCUCUGACCUAAAGCCAGACACCUGCCAUGCACACUGCAGGCUCUCUCCAAAUAUCAGUCGAGGAAGAGGAGGGAGGCAGCAACUUUCAGGUAGCACUGAUUCCUGGACAUACUCUGUCCUGGGUCGAACCCCACUGGCAGCAGGAAUUCUGAAUGUAUUGGGGACCCCUCCUUAGGCCUCUUUAGGCUUCAAACACAGUAUUCAUCCAGCAUUGCUGAAGACUGAAGAUUCAGAAACAAACCCUAAAUGCAUCACUGAGGUCUUAAUCGUAGCAAAAUGUGAUAAACCAUGAUGUGAAAAACUUUUAUACAUUGAAGCCAUGACCAUUUUGUGUCUAUCUUACUCUAGCACAAAAACUGUUGGAUGUUAAAAGAUAGUCGUGCUAUAUGCAAACUGUAGGGUUUUGUCUGUUGUGCUACUCUCGACGGAGUUGAGAGGGGUCUCCCAUUUACACUUAGCAAAGUCCCAUUGGUCCAUGCCAAAUGGUGUCUUGAAGCACAAUUUAGCUGAGCACUGAGCAGUCACAUGCUCAGAAGUUUGUCUGCCUUCUUCAAUAUGUAGGGUUGAUGAAGCUAACACGCACUAGCAAACAUCCCUUCUAUGAGGUUGACUAAAAAUAUUGCUGUGUCUGGUCUAAAUGUUUGCAUUUUGUUCAACUAAAUUAAUAUCUGUAGGUUGCAAGUUUUGUUUUAAGUAAGACACUUUAUUGAGUUUUUAAGUCUUUAUCUCCUGUUCAAAGGUGCCUUUCUCACCUCCCAUUGACUCAGUGAUUCUGAAAGUUCAUAAUUUGCAGGUGAAACAAGUCUAAUAGGAGGAAAUCAGGCACAAAGUGACUAAUUCUCAUGCCCAUUUGCAAAGCAAAACUACAAGAAAGGAUGAAAUCUGAGCAACUAAAUUAACGGAUCACUUCAUUCAACCAGACUGAGAAAAUGUCAUAAACAUUAAUGUAUCUCCCCAGAAGCUGAUAUUUUUUGCCUUAAAUGACAUGGUUGUGUUUUUGUAAGAGAAACUUAAUAUAAUUAUGUGCAUUUUAAGUGAGCAGUUCUAAAAGUCAAGUAUGACAAUACAGUCGUCUGUUCCUGAAAACAAAUAAAUCAGGAACAUCAUACCCAUCUCAAGCUAUCAUUGAAAUGUAAUUUCCUUUGCUCUCUUUUACUGGGAUCAUUUGUUUUAAAGUAAAACAUUAAAAAUAUGUCUAUAAACAGUUAGCGUGACUGUUUUUAUCUGGAACUAACCGGUUGGUUCUGAACUCACUGGGCCCAGUGAGCCAAAUGGGGUGUGUACAGAUUUUGGACUGAAAUAUAAAAGUUCCCUUUCUGCAAUGUGAGUGAAGAAACCAUUGGUAAUUUGGGGACGGGGAGAUUUGCAAAUGUUUUUGA